AUGAGGAGGUGGGGCAGGGUCUGGGAGGAACAGGGCUGGCCAAGUACUGGAGCCAGCGCUUCCGUCUGUUCUCUCGCUAUGACGACGGAGUCUGUCUCGACAGAGAGGGUUGGUUUAGUGCCACUCCAGAGAAGAUAGCGCAGCAUUUGGCUGAGCGAUGUCGUUGUGACCUCAUCCUUGAUGCAUUCUGUGGGACUGGGAGCAACUCCAUUCAGUUUGCCUUCACCUGUGAAAGAGUGAUUGCCAUCGACAUAGACCCAGUCAAGAUUGCCUGUGCACGUAGAAAUGCCGAGUUAUAUGGAGUGGCCGACCGCAUAGAGUUCCUGGUGGGAGACUACCUCGUAUUAGUACCACACCUCAAGGCAGUGGAUGUGGUAUUCCUGAGUCCUCCGUGGGGUGGCCCCGCCUACUCUUCCUCAUCCGUCUUUGACCUUCACUCCAUGUCUCCUCUGACUGGAUAUCCUCCUCUGUCCUCUCUUUCUUUUCUUCCCCUCACCCACACAUGUUACUGACCAAUGUUAUGAUAGCUCCACCAUGUUGUGGUCUAGAAGCCAGGUGGCUCAAUUAGCAUAUCAGUCGUUGUUUUGAUAGCCAGCCUCUACCUAGAGCCAUAAGUCUUCUCCUCAAUAAAGAGUUUUUUUUCAGAACCUUCCCCACAACCUGCCAUGUUUGCCUAGUUUCUAUUGUUAACUUUUGGGAAUGUUUUACUCUCUGCCUAAUCCCGUGGUAACUGGUAAACAAUUCUCUAUAUCCCUGUGCUGUUUUGACACCUUAAGAUGUUGGGAAUAAUUAGUUGAACUUCAGACAGAUUCCUUAAUUAACCCUUUCCCCACUGAGUUG